AUGAAGCAAACAAAAGGGCUCGAGGGUGACAAGAACUCCAUCAUAAAAUUUGAAUUUAACCCCAAAGACGGGAUCGACAACCCUGCCUUGUCUCUGGCUGAGGACAUGGAUGGCGAGGGCGUGGGGGAGCCCCGCUUCUACCUCCUGAGCAAGGGCAGCGCGGAGACCUUCGGCUUCUGCCUCCACGAGGAGCUGGGCUGCCAGGGCCACGUCAUCCGGCAGGUCGAGCUGGGGGGGCUGGCCCAGCGCAGGGGGCUGCAGGAUGGGGACCGGCUCCUUCAGGUCAAUGGCCACUUCGUGGACCACAUGGACCACCACAGGGUGGUGCAGAAGAUCAAGGCCAGUGGGAAUCAGGUCCUGCUGGCAGUGCUGGACGGUGACUCCUACGAAGCAGCCAAAGCCCUGGGCAGGGACCUGUCCCAGAUGCUGCCGGCUGACAUCCGCCCACGCCUCUGCCACAUCAUGCGGGACAAAAGCGGUUUUGGCUUCAGUGUGUCGGGUCCAGAAGGCGUGAAGGGCACCUUCCAGCUGUCGGUGCGGCAGGACGGGCCAGCGGAGAGAGCAGGGGUGCCGCCAGGCUCCUGGCUCCUGGAGCUGAACGGGGACAGCGUGAGGAGCUACUCGCACGCGCAGCUCGCCCGAAAGCUUAAGCAGAGCGGCAGCAAAGUGACACUGCUGGUGGCUUCCAGUGCCGUGGAGGAGUUUUACCGCCUGCGGGGCCUGCGGGUCACGGCCGCCUUGGCAGACACCUCCUGGCUCCCCUUCAAGGUCCGGGAGCUGCACAUGGUGAAGGGUCCAGCUGGCUACGGGUUUCUGCUCAAAGAGGAUGACUGCAGCUCGGGGGCCAUAGGCCAGUUCCUGUGGGAUGUGGAUGCAGGGCUGCCGGCUGAGCAGGCAGGGAUGAAGGAAGGGGACCGUCUCCUGGCUGUGAAUGGUGAGAGCAUUGAGGGGCUGGACCACCAGCAGACGGUGCUCAGGAUCCGUGCCCAUGAUGACCAGGUGACGCUGCUGGUCAUCGACCCUGCUGGCGAUGAGUUCUACCAGUCGAUCGGGCUGUCCCCUCUGCUGUUCUCUGAGGACAGUCACCCUGCCUCAGGCUCCCGCACGCCCUCCCUGCCCUCUCCCAGGGGCUCCCCUGGACUCUGUCAUGUUGAGGUGGAACCAAAGGGACCUGGCUCCUGGCUGGUGGCUGCUGCCAACAGUAUAGGGAUCACACAGAGCCCGCGCCAGGAGGAGCAGAGGAGGCUGCACCAGGCGUUCUAGUGGCCCAGAUGCACCCUGCCUCCAGCCAGGCUCCCCCCACAGCGC